AUGAUUUUCGGUCGAUCUGGCACAACCAUGCUGGUCACCUUGGGGCAAAUUUUGCUGUUGGCGGAUGUGCUGCAGUGUGCCCAAGGACUUCUUAUAGUGCCAGACCGUAUCUUCGAAAACAACAGGAGCUCUGUUGCAGAAAAAAGAGACGGUAGUCAAGCCGGCGAUAGCGACUGGGUAAAAAUCACUGGCUGGGAGACAUUCCUACUGCAUACAGCUACAUGUGCAGGCUUAAACGACGAAUCUGACGCCAUGUCUAUCACUAAAAGAGACUCCGAUACCGUCACUGACACCACCAAGGCGAUGUUUGCUGAUGUUUUGGAUGAUGUCUUGGAAAUUAACAGAGGGGCGCUCGAUGCUAUCCCAACACUUGAAUCAGCUUGGGACAAGAUGAGCAACAGGGAAGAGCUUUCGGCGGAGGAGAAAACACAGAUCAAUUUUUACAUGGCGAUGUAUGGUACCUUUAAGGAAACCGACAGCACUGGAAUGGACAGAGCCAAUAGGCGAAUUGCGCAAUUGAAGUACUUUGCAAACCAAUUCGUUGAAGGCCUGGACAAGGAUAGUUUCAAGAUCCGUAUCAUCUGCGAUGAAUCUGCCUGGGAGCUCAUCGAUUACCACGGCGAAGGCAACGUGUGUCAGAACGAUAAAGGAAAGCAAGCAACUCUUGCCUUCAUGAUGGAGGGAGAUGAGGGAGAUGAUGGUCACGACUAUAUGACCAUUUGCCCACUCGGUUGGGAAAGAUUCGCUGAAGCUGUACCUAUUCCUGUGUCGAAAGUAAAAUCACUCGAAAGUUUGGAGUAUCAACACAUCGAUGACGUGGCGAAAAGCCCAGCGGAUGGCGUUUUCACGCACGAGUUGACCCAUUCAAAAUAUUUCUGGGGAGCUCUGAAGACAGGCGAUAUUGCGUUAAAUGAUGGGAAAAAGGCUUAUGGCUUUGAAAAUGUCGUUACUCUUGCCAAGGAAGGUAACAAUGAGGACGAUGUCUCUCAGCUCAGGGCUUUGAAAAAUGCUGACACCUAUAAGUAUUGGGCCACGGGUGAGUGA